AACAUUUAGUGUUCUUGAGAUCAGCUUAGAAAUGUUAUUUUAUGAUGUUUUUUUUUAUUUUUUCGUGAAAUAAGCCUACACCUGCACAGGUGUACACACAGUCAUGCUGCAGUGACAGUACAUAAGGAAGAAAUUCCAGCAUCGGGGUAUAACCUUAUAAUCGGCUAUACGUUUGGUGUAGAUCAUGCAGAAAAGAAAAAAAUAUAUUACGUGAUUGGAAAUCUAUUCCACCGUGCCCAAACAAAAAACAACCAGAAUGCCGGCUGUCUCCUCCCUUGUUAUGUAUUUUUUAUGUUUUAUGUUUUUCUUGCCUGGUUAUUCAUUUCCUCAAGCAGUGCAGGCAUCGGAGAAUAAAGUCACUGAAGGACCAAAGAAUUUUUAUAUAGGUAAGAUUUUGGCAGUUACUAUCCAAAAUACUCAAAAGGUGUUUAUGUUAAAUGGAUAUUCAACUGAUUCUCAAACAGAAAAAGAUGAAAGGGGACAUUCUUAUAGCAGUACACACUAUUAUACUUCACCUGCCACCCCAACUGUAAGACCUCAAAUACCCAUUGCUAAGCCAAAUUUCCCCAGAGUGGCAGUGCCAUUUGUAAUUGCAAUGUGGGUUUUUGGCACAUGCAUAGUGAAAAUAAUUCUGAGUGGUUGGCCAAAACUACUUACAUGGGUUCCUGAAUCCUGCUGUUUGAUCCUGGCCGGUAUCGCCGUUGGAAUCGUUUUCUUCCUGACAAAAACAACAGUCUUGUCACCCCUUUCGUCUACCAUUUUCUUUUUUUGUAUGUUACCACCCAUCAUAUUUGAUGCCGGCUUCUUUAUGCCCAAUCGACCGUUUUUUGACCACCUUGGCACUAUUCUUCUUUUUGCCGUGAUGGGGACAAUUUUCAACACUAUUUGUAUAGGUAUGAGUCUUUGGGCGUGCGGCUUGUCUGGUAUAUAUGGUUUCGAGAUCUCAUUACUGGAAACACUGAUAUUCUCAGCUCUAAUAUCAGCCGUAGACCCUGUAGCAGUAUUAUCUGUUUUCGAAGAAAUUCACGUCGAUAAAGUUCUCUAUAUUAUUGUUUUCGGAGAAUCGCUUCUCAACGAUGCUGUCACUGUGGUAAGGUUUUAUGAAUGGAAGUCCUACAUUUACCAUAUUCUAAUAAUGACAUGUUUUCUUAAGGUUCUCUACAACAUGUGUGACUCUUACAUCUCUCUUGGACCGGAGAACAUUGAAACCAUUGAUGUUUUAUCCGGUUUCGCCUCAUUCUUAGUUGUGGCUUUGGGUGGAACAACUAUUGGUAUCUUUUGGGGUUUCUUGACCGGUUUUGCCACCAAGUACACCCACCGAGUCUUGGUUAUCGAACCAAUAUUUGUUUUCAUCAUGAGCUACGUCGCGUAUUUGAAUGCAGAAGCGUUUCAAAUGUCUGGCAUUCUUUCGAUUAUGUUUUGUGGAAUCACCAUGAAGAAUUAUGUAGCAGAAAACAUGUCAAGCACUUCACUAACCACCGUCAAAUGUGGUUUGAAAGUGCUUAGCAACGGCUCGGAAUCCAUUAUUUUCGUGUUUUUAGGUAUCAGCACUGUCAACGACAACCAUGAAUGGAACACCGCAUUCAUUCUACUUACCAUAUUUUUUUGUUCGAUCUAUAGAGCACUUGGUGUCGUGGUUUUGACGGAAUUAGCGAAUUACUUUCGCCUUCAUCAACUCAAUCGAGUGGAAAAAUUUGUUAUGUCUUAUGGUGGACUACGUGGAGCUAUUGCUUUCGCCCUUGUACUCCUCAUCGAUCCAAAUCGCAUCCCACGUCAGCCGCUCUUCGUAACUGCAACAAUAUCUGUUGUGUUUUUCACCGUUUUUGUCCAGGGCAUCACCAUCAAACCUCUUGUGGAAUUUCUUAAAGUAAAACGAGAAGAAAAACGGGAAAAAACAAUGAACGAACGUCUGCACGAAAAGAUGCUUGAUUAUACGAUGGCUGGCGUCGUGGAUAUUUUAGGCCAAUUAAGUAGCAAUAAAGUUCGCGAUAAAUUUAAACAGUUGGAUUACGCCUACAUACGUCCUUGUUUAAUUCGCGAAAAGAAUCACCAUGAACCUAAGAUCCUUGAAACGUAUUCGAAACUAACUCUACAAGACGCAAUUGAGUUUGCGCGUCGUAAUCCGUCAAGCUGGACAGUAUAUGGAACAAAUUCUUUUGCAAAUUUUAUCAAUAGUGAAGCUGUUGCGAACGUACCACCAACGAAGCUUUGUGAAAGUGUAGUCAAUAUUGAUCUGGGUGAAUUAAAUUUCACACCGUCGACGAAGGAUCUUUGCGAUGCUGAGAUACAUCAUACGGUCCUAGAUAGGAUUUGGACGUCGCGCCGAAGCAAAGGGGAUAACACACACAGCGAUCAGUCGAAAAAUCAUUCCAAAAGAAGAACUAUGGGAUGUGGAGUUUCCCGUAAGCAACGCUCUAAGAAAGAGAAACCGGUUGAAGCAUACCGUGAAAUAAGAAAUCGGCAUCGUUCAACCCCAACAGAUGCAGAAGAUUUAAAAAUUCGAAUGGCUGCAAACCGUGAUAAAGAAGGAGAGGAGGAAGGAAUUUCGUUUACUGUUAAUCUAGAAAUUGAUGGUAAAAUAGCCAGUAAUGAAACGGCCACUGUUCAAGAGAUGCCAUUUCCUUGGAAGACAGACAAUGGUCCACCUCAACGGAGGGAUUAGAAAUAGUUCGAACCGUAAACUCUGUGUUCAUUAGGUUCAGCGAUCAACUUUAAUAGUUUGAUAGUUUCGUGACGUAUCGGCAAGCUCAGCGGUCUGUCGUUGGCUCUGAUGGGCUGCUGUUUAUUUAUCCACGAACUCGAGUGGAUUAGCAUUUAAAUCAACAGAUCUCAUUCUGCAUGGAAGGCGCGGGUUUUAUGGAUUGCCCUUGAUCAAUUCGUAAUUAUUUAACUAGUUAGGCCAAUGUUAUGGAAAAUCUACUGCCCAGUGUUUAUCCAUUAUUGAUUAUUACAUUUUUUUGUAGAAUUUUCUUCUUAAUUUGUCGUUCAUAGGUAUUUCACAUCUUUAUUUCACAGCUGGAAUUACCAAUUCAAGAAAGUUAUGUGCUGAAGUUUACUAUUUAGGAAUGCUAAGAAGUAGCUUUGGCAAAACAUACUGUAAGCAUAGGCUUCCCUACGCAAUCUACAGUUGAGAUUACGUUGAAAAGCUGAACUUGUCUAUGGAACCUUGAACACCUGUGCGAUGAUACAAAGGCAAAAUCAA